AUGGUCACACUCUUAACGGCUGAAAGAUUAGUGAAGCUCGCCUAUAAGUACCCCUCUCUUCACAGCAACUGGUAUAUUAUUGCCUCUACAGCGCUCACAGUUGUAAACCAGCCCCAGGAAAUUGGUAAGAUUCUCCACUUUGCAUUAAGACAACAGCUUUUGGAGGCUACGACCGAAAAGACACUUCUAACAGAUACUUAUAUUUUGAAGUUGGCCGAGGAUUCCAUUGCCUCCGCUGUGAAAUUCGAGGACUUUUCUGCCGUGGGUGUGAAUUUGCCAGAUGUGCUUAUUCCCUACACUUAUCACGAUAAACUUCCUCUCGGCUACAAGUACAGCAAAACUGAGGACAUACAUGCGUGUCAAACUGCUGUGGCUUCGAAGAUUAGAGAGGCCAUCUUGAAGGCAGCUCCCAUCGCUGGUUUACCAAAGCUGAUCAAUGCAUUGACGGCGUUGCGGAAUGUCACCCCUAGCAGCAUCAAGCCAUUGCUGAAAUCUUGCCGUCCGGUAACUGUUUACCCUGGCCACGUCAGAUCGUCAGAUUUGGUGCAUGAAGAUUUCGCAGGAACGAGAUUUGACGAAUCCAUCCCAACUUAUGAUACUUUGGAUGGUCCUAUCUGUACCCAAUCAGUAGAUACGAAGCAGGUCGUGGAAAACGAGGUUAGGGGACUGGAAUUCUGGAAUGCCGUAUACGGUAAGGUGAGCACUCGAGUAAAAUCUCAAAUGUUCAAUGCCUACCCGGAUUUGUGGCAAUAUGCUUUCCACAAUGUAUACGCGCCGCUCUUAAGUUACACCGGCGUCUUGUCAAGUUUAGAAACAUCGUUUUGUGUUAUAGCCGCAUUAAUUCCACAGGACGUCAAUCCUACUUUGAAAGGACAUUUGAAGGGGGCUAUUAACUUGGGAGGAACCAAGGAAGAGUUAGACGAUAUUCGCCUUCUUGUUUUUGAUAUUUGUGAUUGGAGUGGAAAUGUUCAGUGGAAGGGAGGGAAGGAAAGUGUAGCCAAGUUGUAA